AUGAAGGUGAUCGCAGCGGUUUUGUUGUGUAUUUUGAUUAACUAUAACCAGGCCAUUUCACGGUACCAGAGCAACGAGACCAUCUUCGCCUGCUGCACUUCGGAUAAGGACUACAACAGGACGCCUGACCAAAUCCCUCGCGAAGAUUCUAGUUUGCUUCCCGAUCGGUCCAUCUGUGGUGGUGCAUCUGUGCACACGCAAUUCCCCUGGUUGGUGGUAUUAGAGUACCAUAUUCCAAAGAGAAAGAUUGUGAUCAAUUUCUGCACGGGAUCACUGAUCAAUCACCGAUAUGUUCUAACAGCAGCUCGAUGCCUGUCGAAAUCUUUCGGAAACCUAGUCUCUGUGAUAUUGGGAGAGCACGGCACUAUUGCCGCAGAGGAUUGCCGCAAUGGAAGCUUGGAAUGCAAUGGAAUGCAGCGAGUUGAGGUCGAGGAUAUCCACAUACAUGAAAACUACACACGCGGCUUUUCAGAGUAUGACAUUGGUCUGAUCCGCUUACAGAGGGAGGUCGCCUAUACGCCAAACAUUCGACCUGUUUGCUUGCCCUCGACUGUGGGUGUGCAACAUUGGAAAUCCCACCAGGAGUUUACCGGGGCAGCAUGGGUAGCGAACCAGACUCAGAUUGGUAGCCUCGUCCAGCUGAAAUUUGAAGCCACCGGCGUGGAUUUGGACAGCUGUCGUUCCGAAAUCCCCCCUUGGAAUACACUGCAAGAAUCCCAUUUGUGCGCCAUUGGUCCGAAGGAGGUCGAUGGCUGCAUUUGGAGCUCCGGAGGACCACUGAUGGCAUUCCAAGAGGGCGUUUGGGUCGUUGGGGGCAUAGCUACCUUUGGUUUGAUUUGCAUACCCAACAUAACUGAUUUCUACACAAAUGUUAUUUACUUGGAAAGCUGGAUCAAGCAGACUAUACGACCAUAA